AGAAUGUGAGUGGUGGCACGUGUUUUUAGACUAGUAUAAUUUGGACAAAAUGAUUUCUUGGUUGAGUUUUUAUUGUUUAAUUUCUCAACUUGUUAUUACAUAUAUCAACUUAAAAAUUGCUUUGAAUUGUGUAUCUGUACGUCCUUUAAAUGCUUUCUACUACUGAAAUUGUUUGCUCUACAGCAUUGCCUUGGCGUUCUCGAAACUCGAAACUAGGUGUCUGAACAGACACCUUGCUAGCUGACGACGUUCGACUCGUAGAAGUGAGAAUGAUGAACAAAUUGGCCGCUCCGUUACUGUUCCGCGGUUCUGAUGUAGAAUAUGUACUCCCAAAUUUAAUCAAGGUCGUCCAAAAGUGCAGCUCGAGCGGCAGAUAGCACUGUACCAGCCGUUUAAGUAAAGCUGAGUGGUCAAACAGCAGGUCGACCCAAUAAAUUAUUAGAACGUUAACGAUUUCACUUUUGAUUUUGUCCUCAGAAUGGGUGGCAACACCUUCGACGGAAAGACCCCUUCCAACUCACGGAUUCGAAAAUGCGCGUUUGAGAAGAUUCGCUACCGCUGGCUCCUGGACAAUGUUCCGCUGAUGGUCGCCAACACGCUGAUCAAUCUCGUGGGAUCGCUCGCAGGAAAAUCCAAGCUCGCCGUGGACAACCUGUGUCACAGCAUCAAGGACAUCGGCCUGUGGGGCAUUUUUUUCAUGUCCGAUCUGCUCAAGUAUGGAGCACGGUGUUUGACCUACAGAACGAGUGGAUGCUUCUGUACCGACAGCGAAGUUGACCGCGCCAAGAACCUACGCAUAACGAACAUGCUGCUGCAGCUUACGCCAAUCUGCGAGUCAUUGGCCACCAGAUCUUGUGCGACAACCACCGGAUUCCGCUGCAGGAGCUGGAGCAUCAGCAUCGACCGCAGGGUAGCCCGUGAACAGAUUCGGCAGCAUAUUCCAUGCGUUCCAGUUCAGUGGCUCGUGAAGCUCUUGCAGAACGAGGUCACCGGAAGAACUGAACGCCCACCUUGGUCGAGACGCACAUUUCUGGAGAGGCAAUCGUUUAGUUUUCAUCCCCAGCAAACCCAGCUGAUACGCACGCCGGCUGUAGACGGGAGAAAUCUGCGGGAAUGAAAAAUUGUUUACUGAUUGAUUAUAACCUUAAAAUCCAGCCGCAACUGUUCAAAAAAUUUAACUUACCGAACCGACAUAGUAUUAGGUGAAUCUCGCACCCCCUGAUAUUUUGCCGGUAAAGAAUUCACGUUUAGGAUUUUUAAAGUUAAUUUGAAGACUAAAAUCGCUCAAUCACAUUCGGAUUAGUUUGGUUUAUUCUGCAAAAACGAUUCGAUUCGUCUGUUAAUUUACAACAGUGCGGCCAGUUUCGCGGAAAACUGCAUGAACGAAUAUUUCGUGGCAACCCUGACUGCAUGAAAAAAAUAUUUUCAGUCGAGCACGAUCUGAGCGCGAUCUGGCGGUGUGCCACGAUAAGCAAAAAUCAACUACGAUGAAGGUGCGAUGAGCGAAUAUAGUGGAAUUUGACGCGAUUUGAUGCGCCCCCUCGCCCAGGUACUUGAUCAAUGCAAACCCGCAAGUAACAAGUUUCGUUUCGGUUCCGAAAAAUGUUCAGAUUUUGUUAGAAUGGUUAAAAUGUGAUAUUUGAAAAAUAAACCGGAAAACACAAUAGUUUUAAGCUACAUGUUGAUAUAUAUAUUUUCUCAUAUAUGUUCACAAAAUUCUCUGUAACACUUACAAACAACGUAAUAUAUGAAUGCUUCUUUCUUUCCUUGACACGUGGUGUUUUGUUUUAUUUUCUUUCCGUGUACGCUUACAUUUCAACGUGUAAAUAUAUAUUACCAGCACACUCUCUAUAAACACGUGGUACACUAGAAUUCUGUCUAAAACGGCAUACAAAAAAUAUCAUGCUUUCAUUGGGAAUUACCGUAUUUAGAAAAGGAAAAAGAUCCCUAGAAUACUGCUAACGGUUUUUGGUUCCCACUACUUGUUUUGUUUGUUUGUUAGGAUAUCUGUUUUUGUUUUGUUUUGCUUCGUAUGUUUAGUUAACUGAUCGACUAACUCUAUUUCACACUUGGUUGUUUUUGUUACUUUCCUUUCCUCUGGUUGCGGUUACAGGCACUUUCUAUGUCACGGUUUGAGUUGUUUUUUUUUGCUGGAUUUUAAAACUGGAAUCGCGCUGGUUUCAACUUAACGUGUAUUAACGGAACAGAACAGUGAACCUAACCUCAACUUAACGUAUUUAGGAUGAAUAGAUGGUAAAUGGCUUGCUGUGAUGCGACAAUCCUGAUUGAAAAAUCUUACCGAUUAACCCUGUUCCCAGCCCGAAAAAUAAUGGUUUCUUACAACUUUAGUGCAUACCCACGGGGUGGGGACCUGAAACGACUUUUAAAUUACGCAGAAGUUUGCUUUGGGUGGUUCCUACCCGGUGGGUAGACCGGUGACAAUUUGAAUAACGUUUUUUCUAUGAUUUUGGAGCAAACUAAUGUACAAA